UUUGCGAACUGUUUUGAACACAGAUCUACGUAAGGAACCCAAAAAUGAGAAGUAUUUUGGGUAGUAUUACUGUUUUCCAAAUAAUCGCUUGGUUUGGUGCUCUAUCCGACGCAGAUACAGAGUUUGCAUGUGCAAUUAGAGAGGGAAUUUUCAUUGAUGUUUUCACUUUAAAACAUGGUGUUGAAAAUUUGCAAGCCGAUGUGGAUGAUAUGUACAAAAACACAAAAACCCAAAUAAAAAUUUUGGAGGAACUUCAACAGCAACAAAAUCACGUCAUUUAUAAUACAUGUGAUAAAGUGACAACUCAAAUCACUGAAACCUUCAAACAAUACAAUGGUAUGGAGGGCCACCUAGACCACACAUUGAAGGAAAUUCAAGAUGAGCAAAGUGCAAUAUUUGAUAAAAUAGAGCAACUUCAAGAUCAAGCGGAACAUUGCUUUCAAACAUACGUACAUGAUGUCAUGGCGAAAACAUUUGAAGGAGUUAAAAACAAGGUCGAUAAAUUUGAAGAGCAAUUGGUUAAUUUUGAAUUAAUGAAAGAAUCAGUCCAUAAACAAAGGCAAGCCAAAUGGCAAAUAUUAAUGAGUGGGGAAAACUUUAAAAUGGUACAGUCUAUAAACGAAAGGUUAUCCCAAAAUCUACAGAAAAUAAAAGACUAUGAAAAUUUCUUACUCAGCUUUCAAAAUAUAACAGAUUUUGUAAAUAGUUUGGCUACAAAAAGGAAUUCCAAAUAUGAUAUAUUGUUAAAAACGGCCAAACUUCAAAUGAAGAAUUGGUAAAAAUUUGGAAAGAUUAAAAAAAAAAACAUAAAUAAAGUGUCUCAAAAAGAAAUCUAA